AUGUCACCUGCCCCAAUCACCCAGACCGCUGUUGCCUCACCAUCGCCGCCACAACAGCAGCAUCACCACACCCCAACCCCCGCCUCUAUGCCCGCCUCUAAACACUUUGAUGACAUAUUCCACGCCAAGUUCAUGAACAUUAUCCAGGAAUGGAAAAAUGACCCUUCGCGUGGCCAGCUCACGCAAAAAGACCGAAAGACGUUUAUCGAGACGGCCUUUGUCGAGACUGAUGAGCUCUACUUUGGUCAGCGCAUCAUGUCUGAAAUUGACAUCAAGCUCCGCGCUCUGACCAAGGUCUUUUACAAGGUACUUGCUGAAGAACCCUGGUCUGAAGACUGGAUUCGCGCCCCGGAUGUUGAGCGCAAGCUUUCCAAAUUUGAGAUGCACGAGGACUCGGUGGCACUUGCGAAGAAGUACGGUUUUACCACCCCACGUGAGGCUGUCAAGGCGGCGCGCGAGGCUGGUAUCAAAAACGCAGAGAUUUACAAAGAGGCCCAAAAAGACGGCAAGUCGCUCAAGGACAUCAAGCUCGACCGCGGCCCGUUUGACGAUAUCGAGAUUGUCUACAUUGCCGGCACCGUCUCGUCAUCGGCUACCAGCAAGAUUGAUCGCAACAGCAUCUACCCUGUCUCGGUAUCCUCAGUGGCCAAUGUCCUCCAAAACCACAUUUGUAGGGAUAUGGUGCGGCCCUACUCAAUGGCCGAGCGCUUUGUCAACUGCACCGACACAAGGGAUCUUGACGAAAUGCGGCGCUUUGCUUGCAAUGUGUGCGACUUUUGCCCCCACCUCCUUGACAAUGACAACGUCAGCCUCCUGGUGGUACUUUUGAUUCUAUCAAGAUCUGACUGCUGCCGUCGUUUUGAGGCCAAUGGUAUCCGUAUUGAGGGCUCUACUAUCAGCCAUCGUAAGGCCGAGUGCAUGAAGAACAAAAUGGGGUGGAGGUCGAGUGAGGACAAGAAGCCGUACGACAACUUUGCCCAGGAGUUCCAGACACGUGUGAAGAAUGCUUGUUUUCCGGCUCCUCGAGCACAGCGCGUGGGCGGUCGAAAACCAGCCCGGACAUCGUCUACCCCUGCGAAUCCUCCAAUCUACGUUCAGCCGCCCAUGGGCUAUAUGGCUCCUCCCCAGAUCCGCAACGACAAUCUGAACACUGGCAUCAACAUUCCUGCUCCGCCCCCGCACAAUACCUUUCCACCACCCCACGCGAUCAAGAACCAGCCACCUUAUCCAUCGGCUCGUGGCACGGCAACAGAGCCUAUGGAUCUUUCUUAG